AUGGGUGCUCGAUCUUCUUCCUCUCCGGUCACCAAUUUCCUCUCUUUCCCACUACCCACUUCGCCGCCGCCGCUGCUUCUGAAGCUCGUCUUGCUCUUCUUCUGCGUGUUCGCCGCCUCCAGAAACGGCGUCGUUUCGGCGGAGACCGACGCAUCGGUGCUGCUCGAGCUCAAAGGCGCGGUCUUGGACUCCUUGGGGCUGCUCUCCACCUGGGGAAGGCUCAAUUCCAGCCACUGUGACUGGUCCGGCGUCUCCUGCGACAGCAAUUUUCGUGUCGUUUCGCUCAACAUUACCGGAGACGGAGGUAAAUCGGAAUCGGAACCCUUUUCCUGCGCUUAUUAUGGUCAGUUUCCGUUUUACGGGCUCGGAGUUAGGAGGAGCUGUGUGGAGGGUGGAGGGAGCUUGGUGGGGAAGCUGCCCUCUGUGAUUGGGAAGCUCACUGAGCUAAAGGUGCUGUCUUUGCCGUUUAAUGGUUUCGACGGCGAAAUUCCGGCCGAAAUUUGGGAGAUGAGGAGUUUGGAGGUACUUGAUCUUGAAGGGAAUUCGGUUACUGGGUCUUUGCCGGUUCGGGUGAACCCGAAUUUGAGGGUUCUGAAUCUUGGGUUUAAUAAGAUUCAAGGGGAGAUACCGAUCUUGAGCUCUGUGAGCUUGGAGAUCUUGAAUUUAGCUGGGAAUAGGGUGAAUGGCUCGGUUCCGGGUUAUGUUGGGAGGUUGAAAGGGGUGUACUUGUCGUACAAUUUUCUCAGUGGGGAUAUUCCGAGUGAGAUUGGGGAGAAUUGUGGGAGGCUUGAGCAUCUUGAUUUGUCUGGGAACUUCUUGGUUCAUAAGAUUCCGAGUGGUUUGGGGAAUUGCAGUAAGCUGAGGACGCUGCUGUUGUAUUCGAAUAUGUUGGAGGAGGGUGUUCCGGCUGAGCUGGGCCGGCUUCAAGGGCUUGAAGUGUUGGAUGUGUCGAGGAAUAGCUUGAGUGGUUCGUUGCCUCGGGAGCUGGGGAAUUGUUCUGAGUUGUCUGUGCUUGUGCUUUCGUCGCUGUUUAAUCCCCUUCCUGUUGUGCGAGGCAAUUAUACUGAUGAGUCUUUGUUGGAGCAGUUGAGUUCUAUGAAUGAUGAUUUCAAUUACUUUCAAGGGUCAAUGCCUAAGGAGAUUACAAGCCUUCCGAAGCUGAAGAUCUUGUGGGCGCCAAGAGCAAGUAUUGAGGGCAGCUUUCCAAGUGAUUGGGGUGCUUGUGAGAACUUGGAAAUGAUCAAUUUGGCUCAGAAUUUUUUUACUGGGGAAAUUUCUAGUGGGCUCAACCGCUGCCAGAAGCUUCAUUUUCUUGACCUGAGCUCUAACAAGCUUACUGGGGAGCUUGUUCAGGUUCUUCAGGUUCCUUGUAUGACUAUGCUUGAUGUCAGCGGAAAUUUCUUGUCAGGUUCAGUGCCUGAAUAUGCUAACAGUACUUGUGGUCCUGUUUUUUCUGUGGAUCUUUCUUUCAAAGAUGAUGAUUUUUCCUCGCCCUAUGAAGCAUUUUUUGGAUCUAAAGCUCAAGCUGGAAUGCCAGUGCUAUGGCACACAGAGGAUGAUGUUGUUGUAGUAAUGCACAACUUUGGGCACAAUAAUUUUACCGGCACUCUGCAAUCAUUGCCCAUUGCACCCGAAAGGUUUCAGAAGAAAAUUCUCUAUGCGUUCCUUGUUGGAGAAAACAAGCUUACUGGAGCAUUUCCAGGUAAAUUGUUUGGGAAGUGUCAGGUAUUAGGUUCACUGAUUGUUAAUGUUAGCAACAACAGGUUGGAUGGGGAGAUUCCAACUGAAAUCGGUAACAUGUGUGUAUCUCUCAAGUUUUUAGAUGCAUCUGUGAAUCAGAUUAUGGGUUCUAUUCCCCCUAGUUUUGGAGAAUUGGUGUCUCUUGCUGGCCUUAACUUGAGUUCGAACAUGUUGCAAGGUCAAAUUCCGACAACUAUUGGCCAGAUAAGGGAUCUGGAGCAUCUUUCUUUGUCUGGUAAUAACCUCACAGGUGUUAUCCCUGCUAGUUUGGGGCAGCUUUACUCCUUGCAUGUGCUUGAGCUUUCUCGGAACUCUCUCACUGGUGAGAUACCAAAAGAUCUAGUAAGCUUGCGAAACUUGAGAGUUCUUCUGCUGGACAAAAAUAAACUUUCUGGCCAGAUUCCAUCUGGGUUGGCAAAUGUGACCACGCUCUCAGCCUUCAAUGUGUCGUACAAUAACUUCUCUGGUUCAUUGCCUUUGAACAAUAACCUGGUGAACUGCAAUACUGCUCUGGGAAACCCCUAUCUUAGUUCCUGUCCCACACUUUCUCAAUUACAGCCAGCUGUUUCUCAAGGAAGAGUUGGCGAUUCCGAACCUUAUGCUUCACCACUGGUAGGAACUUCGAAGACUGCUGGUAGUGGUUUCAAUUCAAUUGAAAUAGCAUCCAUUACAUCUGCAUCUGCCAUUGUUUUAGUGCUUCUAGCUCUUGUUGUUCUGUUCUUGUAUACACGGAAGUGGAAUCGAAAGUCUGGAGGUAUAGGCUCUACUAGGAAGGAAGUUACAGUUUUCACAAACAUUGGUGUUCCACUGACUUUUGAGAAUGUUGUUCGGGCCACGGGGAGCUUCAAUGCUAGCAAUUGUAUUGGGAAUGGAGGUUUUGGAGCAACUUAUAAGGCAGAGAUAUCACCUGGAGUCCUAGUGGCGAUAAAACGGCUUGCAGUUGGAAGGUUCCAAGGAGUGCAACAGUUUCAUGCAGAAAUCAAGACUCUGGGGAGGCUUAGACAUCCAAAUCUGGUCACUUUACUAGGAUAUCAUGCCAGUGAAACAGAGAUGUUCCUGAUAUAUAAUUAUUUUCCUGGUGGUAACCUGGAGAAAUUUAUUCAGGAAAGGUCUACCAGGGCUGUGGAUUGGAAGAUACUUCACAAGAUUGCUUUGGACAUAGCCCGUGCACUUGCCUACCUGCAUGACCAGUGUGUACCUCGUGUCCUCCACCGUGAUGUCAAACCCAGCAAUAUUUUGUUGGAUGACGAUUUUAAUGCAUAUCUAUCAGACUUUGGUUUAGCCAGACUUCUGGGAACUUCAGAAACCCAUGCUACUACUGGUGUAGCUGGGACUUUUGGAUAUGUUGCCCCAGAAUAUGCAAUGACGUGUCGUGUUUCAGAUAAGUCUGAUGUGUAUAGUUAUGGUGUGGUGCUUCUGGAGUUGCUCUCUGACAAGAAAGUGUUGGAUCCUUCCUUCUCUUCGUAUGGAAAUGGAUUCAAUAUUGUUGCAUGGGCAUGUAUGCUUCUUCGACAAGGCCGAGCAAAGGAAUUCUUUUCCGCAGGGUUGUGGGAUGCAGGCCCCCAUGAUGAUUUGGUAGAAGUUCUACACUUGGCAGUGGUAUGUACGGUCGAUUCUCUCUCAACAAGGCCUACUAUGAGGCAAGUUGUUCGACGGCUGAAGCAACUUCAACCCCCCUCAUGUUAGCCCCUGACGAGGAGAAUACCGGUUAACAUUAGUAGUCUGUAGAGAAGAGGAGCCAUUGUAAUUUGUGCUUUUUGCACCAAUCCCUAUUUGGGGACUGGCUUUAGGUUGAAUUCUAGAACUGUAGUUACACCACUUGUACAGUGUUAAGUAGUUGUAUUUGUACCCCCAAUUUUUGUUUUUGAUGUAUUGCUGUGAUUAGGGGCCUUGCUGGUGGAUUCUGCAGAAGAAUGCAGAUGUUUAUU